AGUUGAUUCGGCACCUGCCCCUGGGCUUGAGGAACCUUGAACCCCUCCCCACCUUCGCUACCUCACCUUCCUCGUCAAGAGGAAUAGCUCGAACCACGCCUCCCAGGAAAUUGGACCAAUGUUGCAUCUACGCCCGUCGACUUUGACCUGUCGCUCUGUGUGACUGCGUUCAGUUGCUCUCGGCUUCUUGUCAGCUUCGUCUCUCUUCCACCCCUCGUCUUGCUGUUGGAGCUGUUCCCUUUCGCAUCUUUACCCUGAUCUGCUUCUCAUGGGUCUUGAUGGCCCUCGCUGUGUUGUCCAGCCCAUUACAGCGAAAACUACAACACUCCCUUUUUGGAAACACUGCAACAUUAGCAAGCCUCAAAACACCAGCAGGGCUACUCCCCCAUGAGAAAGAAAAGCCAAUGAUACAUAGCUCCCUCUCGACAUAGCAGCCUGGACGAUGACGGGCUUCUGCUGUUGUGGGGUACCUCGCCCUCCCAGAACAGUGACGCCGUCGACACCGAGCCCCAGGAAUUCAACUCCGAAACCCUCGGGUGCACUUCCGCCACUUCCUCCUCCUGCUCGCUUACCUGUUGCAGGACCACUUACAUCCAACCCAGUCAUCGCCAUUCCGCUGGCCGUUGCCGCAUAUCCAGACUCUUCCAGCAAGUCUGGUACAUCGCUACAACUAGCAACAUCUUCAGUUAUCGUUCCGAUUGGGCCAGCCGACUUGAGCGAUCUCGUGGUUGAAGAUUCGGAUGACGACCUACCAGGCAGAUCGGCCGAGCCAAGCAAGAGUACCAGCACUCUCCAGCUCGUCAGAGAGAAUAUCCGUCGCCACUUAUCCCAAGACUCUUUGCCAAAGAAAAAGUCUCGCUCAGCCGUUGGAUGCAGCGAGGAGGAAGUCCAAAGACGGGCUGAGCUCAAGAGACUGAUGCACAAAAGGAUACAAGAGGAACUCCGCAUUGAGCAAUCCCACGAGCGGUCUCGGAGUGAGGUCUCCUCUGUGCUGCCACCGCCCAAAUCUUCUUCGCUUGACUACCUUCCGGGUGGAGGGCCCCGUGAUGCACUAGAAUUCUCGGUAGCCCAAAAAGAGGAGGGAGAGGCACAUUCCGAUACGACCUCCUCAUCCAUUGCAAAGUCCAGUGCCCAUGUCUCUGCAUUAGGAAAGGCGGCUCCCCUUUCAGACAAGGAAAACAGCUGCCCCCGGGCAAACAGUCUCAAAUAUCCAACAAUUGCGGUUAUCCAGAAGCCAAUUCGAGAACGCAGUUCACUCCCAGAAAUGCCAGCCUCUCCGGUCUUGGCUCCGCAGCGCUAUUCCAAUACUAUUGACACUUCCUCCUUGGGCUCUUGGAGGCUUUCUUACAGUGCUACUCAACUCGAAGACUUUCUAGGAUUCAUCGAUCAAGAUGGUUUCUCCCAAGAUGCCGAGUCCUUCCUCAAAGCAGCAGCUUCGAAGGUGGUUACCUCACGUUCAGUACCGUUAUUACGCCGGUCCAAGUCAGAGACUCGUCCACGCUCUUCCUCAACCCGCACCCCUGGGAAUGCAACUCCAUGCGUGUUGGAUCAGUCACCAAUGGGUAUUUGGCUCAAAAGCCAGGGUCUUGGGUCAUGUUCGCCGUCACCUUCCUUGGGUAGGUCUUCGGAUAGAGACGGUGAUCCCGAAAUAAGCGUGGAGCAGGCUAAAGUGGUCAUGCUCAAGAGAUGCAGCUCGAUUCCCAAUCAUCCUGGUGGUGACAUUGGUCUUCAGCGUCCUGAGAUUGUCCAUCUUCAUGACAUGGAUAUCCAUCGGCAGCUUGCUACACAGACUCUGAACACCCCUGAGGAAUCCCCUGCAAAUACCGAGUCGGAACAGAACACAGUCCGUAGGUAUGUUGUGAGACAUGGUAGCUCGGAUCAGACAGCUGCAUACGAAUCCGAGACAUCACACAUACAGCCCAACGGUCAGGCUGGCCUCAUUACCAACCCAUCAUCGGCAUAUCCCUCAGCUGGACAUAGCGCCGAUCCUAGCGCAGGAACUUCUUCAUCGCAUCUACCGUCAGGUGUCAUGGGUCCUCAUAACUUGCUUUCAGCGACACCACUGCGAUGGCUUCUUUCGUCCAAUCCUUUUGGUGAAAGCCAUUCGAACACGGCCACGGGAGGGAGCUCGUUCGAUAGUCCUAUUGAUGGAGGCACCGCCACUCAGACCGAGCUAAUCUCAUCGGGCGUGGCAUCAAAUACCAUCAACAAACGUCAGUCGGUACCUAAGCUGAACAUGCUGGAGAGGGGCUUUGCUCUUUUUCAUCUAGGGCAUGGGGCACCGUCCAAUAUCGCCAAAAGGUUCGACAAACCGACCGAUUCCAAGAAACUACGCGCCGAACCGUCGAAGCGCUCACUGCUGGCGAGAUUACAUUUGAGCCUACCUCGACGAAUCAAACUUCCCCCGGCUUCCUUCGACGGUCAGGUAGACGACGAGCAACAUACUUCAUUGCCCUCUACAUCACGCCCGGUUAAUUCCCAAAGACACAAGAAAUCUGCACUCAGUGAUGUCGGUCCGCAAACGCUCCAUCAAAGCAGCGGGUUUCCAUUCUCCGACUGUGAUGAUAGCACAGUAGAGCUUUGGCAAUCUGCUGUGCGAGAGGAGAUCUGGAGACGCCAUACAGGUAUCAAAAAGAAAUGCAGCAACGGCCGUUUCUCUUCCUUGACAUAUGACGUCCCACCCAAAACUUAUUACCCCUAUCCGUACCCAGGAGCGCGCCCUGGUGGCCAAGAUCAACGCAGUAGUCCCGUGUCCAUUUCCACUGAACUCCCUGCCAAGACACUUGAUAGCGAUCCAGGGCCGAGAGAUAAUGUUUCGAACGUCGCAGGUGUGCGCAGAUCGUCACUCGAGAGCCCAGGACCCGAGGUACAGAGGCCUCGAAAGUUUCCAGAGGCAUGGGCGAGGUUUCCUUCGUACAAUCGUGCAGAACGAAAUGAGGACCACGAGAAUACGGACCAAGCUCGGCCCGAGCAAACAGCUUCCCAUAGAUCGCCAAACCAAGAGAUUACACAGACCGCGAUCUCUGGGGAUAAUUCCAACCGCCGCCGUAACGGGGUCAUGGGUCACAGACAGAAGAACUCAAUGUCAAGCAAAUUCGGAAAGGCUCUUAAAUCCGGCCUCAACAAGCUUGUUCAUUCCCGUAGAUCAUCAGACGUUUCGUGCGGAGAAUCGCAUCUUGACCAGGCAAGAGCCACACUGGAAUACCCAGAGCUUGCACUCCAUCCCACCGAGGCUGGUUAUCGAGAACUCGAAGCAUUGGGCCGAGAAAUCAGGCGCCUGAAGCGGUUGGCGUCGAACGAGGUGGAAGACGGACCCAGACCUUGGGUGGUUAACCCUGUUGGUUCAGAUGAUGAACUAAAUGAGUCCAAUGCCGGCAGUAAUCGGAAUUUGACUAUGCCAGGGACUUUCCCCAGAAGUCGUGGAGGGGAUUCAUCAGCUACCACUGACAAGUUUGCGACGCCACUCAGCUCUCCCUCUCUCAACGAUGCUUCUUUUCACUCCUUUCCGCGGUCGUACUCGCCAGAGUCCAGUCGUCAGUCGUCUAUCCCCAUUUUGAACAAAGCGGUUGUGCCAGAAAUCAAAAUUACCGACCUGAGUUCGGUCAAGAGUGAUACAACAUUGGUGCUGAGAACGCAUCAGGUCAGAUUUUCGGAUGAAAAUGGCCAGUGUCAGAGUGAUUCGGCCACUUCUGGCUCCUCAAAGUACAAUACCUGGAGUGGUCCGAAUGAUUCGCAGACUAUUGAUGAUGCAAACGAGUCAGACGAUAGUGAUCAAGUGUUUCCCAAACACAUCAAGCGCAGAUCUCAUCUGGAGAACUCGCUUUCAAUCCAGGAGAUAGCCACCGGCAAUGUGUAGGGAAAAGGGGAAGAAGUGAACCAUCACUGGUUUUCAAAGAGCAAGCAUAUCUAUAUUUUUGUUGUUUCGUGCCUUCUUAGCUUCAUCUCAUGAUGGAUUCUCAAGUGUUAAGUAUUGUGCGGAGCAGAGAAUCAACGUGCAUUUCUAGUGUUUGGUGGUUCUGCAAAGGUUGAAAGGCCUGAUGACCACGCCAAAAGAGUGUGAUUAUAACCAGGCGGAACUGGGCCUCAUUGUCUUUGCGUUACUGGUCAUUACUUGUGGUAUGGGAAACAAGUAAUGACAAGUUUUCUCGGAUGUAACGACUUACAGCAGCUGUGUUAGUAAAACAAGAGGUAUAGUAUUUGAGCGAUUAUCAGCCGAAAGGUC